AUGGAAUUUUUCGGAAUUACUUUGUAUGGUCCUCAGAAUUUUAUAAAGGAUACUUUAAGAAGCGAUUAUGAGGAGCCAAUGUCCAAAGAAGAAGUUAAACCAUUGAUGGAAAGAAUAAUUCAAAAUUCGACUAUGCCGGAAAAAAUUCUAAGACCGGACGUCGACGCUAUCAGGUUGAUUGAUUGUUACAUUGGUAGAGUCAAUGGCUUUGCUUAUGGGUCAUCUCAAAGAUUCAUCAAAAUGAAACGUAAGGGAGUCAUAAAACCAGUUGGGCCAGCCGAUAUGUAUAGAAUUCCACCUUCCAGCUCCAACGAUUAUGGGUGGUUUCAUCAUGAUCCGGAAAUCACUUCUAGCUCUUGGCAUAAAACAUUUCCAAGACGACCCCAACCAACAUCACCAAAUACACUUAUUUUGGAUAUUGUUAGGAAAAAUAAUAAAUACGCUACCCUGUCGAAAGUAUCUCGUGAUACUCUAUAUGAGUGCGUCAAUGCCGUACUCCAAUCGUCGAAAGACAAGAAGCGUAACUUCUUGGAGACGGUCGAACUCCAAAUCGGUCUGAAGAACUAUGACCCCCAAAAGGACAAGCGUUUCUCCGGCACCGUCAAGCUAAAGUACAUCCCUAGACCCAAGAUGCAAGUGUGUGUUCUUGGAGACCAGCAACAUUGUGAUGAAGCUAAGUCAUUGACUGUACCGUGCAUGGACGCUGAAGCUCUUAAGAAACUUAACAAGAACAAGAAACUUGUUAAGAAACUAGCUAAGAAAUACGACGCUUUCUUGGCAUCUGAAUCCCUCAUCAAGCAAAUUCCCCGUCUCCUUGGUCCUGGUCUGAACAAGGCCGGCAAGUUCCCUGGUCUUCUCUCCCACCAGGAGUCAAUGACACAAAAGAUUGAUGAGGUCAAAGCUACCAUCAAAUUCCAAAUGAAGAAGGUACUCUGUCUCUCUGUGGCCGUCGGUCAUGUUGAUAUGACACCAGACGAGCUUGCACAGAACGUGCAUCUCUCAAUCAACUUCUUGGUGUCACUGCUCAAGAAGCACUGGCAAAAUGUGAGGUCGCUUCACAUGAAGUCAACUAUGGGACCACCUCAGAGAUUGUACUAA